CGCCCCGAGCGGGGAGGGGCCGCGCUCUGGCUGCGCCCUGGGAGAAGGGCGGCGCGGGGAGGGCGGGCGGUCCCCCGCCCCCGGGGUCUGGGAUUGCGGGGACCCCUGACUCUGUGGAAGGUCGGAGACGGAGGAGGCAGUCCUGCCCAACCCUCGCCUCCCCCGCCCUUCCCCUGCUCACAGGUUGGCCCAGCGGACGCCUGGAAAGAGGAAAUCCAGUUAUCAAAAUGACUUCAGAAAAGAGAACCUAACAUCCGUUAACAAUGGAAAAAAUUGAAAAUGCUACCAAAAAGCUACCAUUCCUCAAAACACCAGGCCCAGAUGGUGUCACAGGUUAAAAAAAAUCCUUCAUGAAGAAGACAGAUCUUAAGCCACAUGAUGGAUUCAGAAGCUCAUAAAAAGAGGUCGCCGAUCAUAACAUCUUCAAAACAAGAUAUAUCACCUCAUAUUACAGAUGUUGGUGAAAGGAAACAUUAUUUGUGUGGCUGCUGUGCAGCUUUCAGCAACGUAGCAAUCACAUUUCCCAUUCAGAAGGUCCUCUUUCGGCAACAGCUGUAUGGAAUCAAAACCAGGGAUGCAGUGCUUCAGUUGAGGAGGGAUGGAUUUCGAAACUUGUAUCGUGGAAUUCUUCCCCCAUUAGUGCAGAAGACAACGACACUGGCACUUAUGUUUGGUCUAUAUGAGGAUUUAUCUUGCCUUCUCCGUAAGCAUAUCCGUACCCCAGAUUUUGUAACCCGUAGCAUGGCAGCAAUACUUGCAGGGACAACAGAAGCAAUUUUCACUCCAUUGGAAAGAGUUCAGACACUGCUUCAAGACCACAAGCAUCAUGACAAAUUUACAAACACUUAUCAGGCUUUCAAGGCACUGAAAUGCCAUGGAAUUGGAGAGUAUUAUCGAGGCUUGAUCCCUGUUCUUUUCCGUAAUGGGUUCAGCAAUGUCCUGUUUUUUGGCCUUCGGGGUCCCAUUAAGGAGCACCUGCCUACCGCAACAACUUACAGCACUCAUUUGGUCAAUGAUUUCAUCUGUGGAGGUCUAUUGGGGGCCAUGUUGGGAAUCUUGUUUUUUCCAGUUAAUGUUGUAAAAACUCGCAUGCAGUCUCAGAUUGGUGGGGAAUUUCAGUCUUUUCCCCAGGUUUUCAAAAUAAUCUGGUUAGAACGAGACAGGAAACUGACAAAUCUUUUCAGAGGUGCCCAUCUAAAUUACCACCGGUCCCUCAUCUCUUGGGGCAUAAUCAAUGCAACUUAUGAAUUCCUGUUAAAGAUUACAUGAGAGAAAUAAUCAAGUGCCAUCUACCAACUGACUAGACCUUUAAAGAAGAAUGUAGUUUGGCCUCGUUCCUAAUUGGCCAAUAUAAGUUGGUGUCAUAAGUUCAGGGCACAAUGAAUUAUGGCAAAGCUGUUUUCCUUAAGCACCAACAGAUUCAGAAUAAAAGGUUUGAGUAGAAAAAUUUAAGGUUUUUUUUUUUUGUUUUUAAAAUAUGUUUUUAUUGAUUUCAGAGAGAGGAAGGGAGUGAGAAACAUUAAUGAUGAGUAAGUCAUCGAUUGGCUGCCUCCCGCAUAUCCACUACUGGGGAUCGAGCCCGCAACCUGGGCUUGGGCUCUGACUGGGAAUCGAUAAACGGCCGGGCUGUUUUGUUCUAAUUAUUACCUGAGAACUUUGGGCUAAUUGCUUGGUUAAUAGCUGUCUUAUCUGAUGGAUGGUUUUUGAUGAGGAAACUAAUAGCCAAGAUAAUCUUUUGCCCCAAAUCUUUAAACCCUUAUUAAAACAUAGUGGCCAUGACCAGCCAGAGAAAAGGCUCUUCGGUCCCCUGGAAUUCUCAGGCUUACUUUUAUUACUCCAUUUCUUGCUUCUCUCCGCUUAGGAGGAGUUGCAAAGUGUAGUCUUUGCUAAACUUAAGCAUAUACAGAAGGAGCAGGACAGAGAAGAAAGCUUAAUAGGUGUAAGCUUUUCAUGAUAAAUUGCUUGUAUUGGUUUUGAAACAGCACCUGUUAGGAUAAUCAUUAUUCACGCUGUUUCUGUUUAGGCAUGGUAGACUCCAGCAGCUAAUGAAAGCUCCAUUUGCCUUCUAGAUUUGAAAGCUUUCUGUUUAAUUCUGAAUGUGACCUUAAAGCUGUCCAAAAUAUCCCCAUGUUAAUUUCACUUAUUUCAUUGCCAAAAUGUGGAGAGACUUCAAUUUUGUCAUAGGCAUUUCAUCUUAUUAAGUUUCAUAUUAAUUAUGUAAAGAUCAAACUCUCUUUAGCUCAUUUUCUUUGAGUUAUUGUUGCCAACUUAGCAAACAGCUUUGGGGGGUUUUCCCCCUUUGGGUACUAGUUUGUCUUAUUCAAGUAUUCUGUUCUCUUGAAACUCCUUUUAGAAAACACUUCCAUAAAACUUUAUUUUGAAAGUCUAUUUAAUAGAAUCCCAGGUUUUUAUUUCUGGUUUCUCAGUGUUUUGUCGGGGGGAGGGUGGCGCUCAGGAUGGCUUUCGCCUCACAGUGUUAGCUAUCUUUUUUAAAAUUUUAAUUUAGUUUUGGAAAUAAAGACUUGCAUUAGGAUUUUUAUAUUUUGGGAACCCAAUUUUACCAUUAAAACAAUUUGAGAGGAUCAGAUCUAAAUAAAGACAUUUGAAGGGUUAAUUUCAAAUUUCUAGACUUUGGUAAUAUUUGGAUAGAUUAGUCAUCCCUUACCUAACAAAAACAUAUUUGUCAAAGGAAUCAGAUUUUAAAAUAUAUUUUCCCGAUAAAUCAGGCAAAAUGAUACAUACAACAGUUGAAUGAUUAGUAAAACAUGAAACAUCCUAGAAAAGUGGUUUAUUUUUUAAAACCUACAUCUGUAAAUACGUAGUUAAGAUUGCUUUCCAGCAUCUGACAUGGCAGAGUAGUUAGGAUUCUUACUACCAGUUUUGCAUCAGGCUGGGUAAUUGCAUAUGAAAAUGUGCACGUAAUGACCAAAAUAAAAUCAGGGUCUCAGUUGGUAGUUUACUCAGUUUCUGGGCAGAUAGUCCAAAACAGAUGUUUACUUCUACAUGCAGUAUGGCUGGUCAGAUAAAAUGAACAUUCUUCCAACCAAAAGGAUUAGGAAGCAUAAUCAAGCGUUUGUUAGGCAAUAAUCAAGCUCAGGAGAUUUACAACAGCUCUGCUUGACAGUGUUGUGCUAAAAAUGGCAGUUUACUUUAGCAAGCAAGGUGCAGAUGUCAGGAUUUUAGAAAACUGUCACCAAAUAAACGUGAGGAGCAUCUUUUGGCCUAUCGAAGAGUCAAGAGUGAGGAUUGGAAGCAGUUCUUUCAGAAAUGAAUGACAUUGGUACUGUGGUGCAUGACCCCCUCAUGUGUGUGAGCCCCUGAGUACUGCCUGUCUAGGUGCUCAGCAUGUGGCAGGUGUGUGAGCCUGGGGUCAUGCUCUGGCCCUGGGAGUGGACUCCAUGGGCCUUUGGUUCCACAGGGCUUGCUUUUGUCUAUACACUCCAUGCAGGUGGUAGAAAUCUUAAGUUCUAAAGCACUUUGUAAAAUACAAGUGAAGUGAGAAUAUAAAGGAGGAUGCUUUGGUUUCUGCUGUCUCAAAUAUGUGGUAUUUACAAACAAUAAAUAUUUUUAAUGGUUUUAACUCAUAUUUUUGGAUUUCUUUGUCACCUUUUACAGCUUUUGAAGACCAAACUGCUACAUUACCAGGGAUGGUUCUUUGUUGUCCUAUAGACUUCUUAAAUUUGACAAAACGUUUAACAGAACUUGUAACCAACAGCUUUGUCUGAACUUGAAAAUAAGUCAAAUUUAUGUUAACAAGUAAGAUUCUACCUAUUGUUUUUACCUUCAGUGUGAAUUAGUACAGUAAUUCUGAAAAGGCAAAUAUGAUUGAUUAACUUUGAAAAGCUUUAAAAGUGGCCUUUCUGUUACAUAUAUGUGACACAGAUUGCUCAUGAGCACAGGGCACUUCUGGUCUUGCCUCCUAUAUUCAUGUCUGAUGUUAUGGAUUCCAUGUUUAACAUAUGUACAGAGGUAUGAGCCCUCAGGACUGCACCACAGACUAAACCAGUGAUGGGCAACCUUUUGAGCUUGGUGUGUCAAACUUCGCCAAAAAACUGAGCAUAACUCGGGUAGUGUGUCACUUUGAGGAAAACACAUUAUUUCGAAAAUGUUUCAUCCUCAGGAGCAGCAAAUGUUUCAUCCUCGGCAUGCAGUCACCUCAGUGGCCGCGUGUCAUCAGAAAUGGCUACGCGUGUCAGUGCUGACAUGCGUGUCAUAGGUUCGCCAUCACUGGACUAAACACAACCUCUAUAUGAUGGGAAGUUUGUGUAUCUGUUUCAUUUGUGUUGGAGACAAAGUUGAUGUUGUUUGUCUCAGUAGUCAAUAUUCAUCUUAUAGUUAUAUAAUCACCUAUAUAUUGUGAACUGUGCGGUAAAACAGAAUUAUGUAUAUAUAAUCAUUCUUUGGAGACCUGAAAUUCCCUAGCUCAAUUACAGUGGUAAUACUCAGAAGGCUGUGCAAACGUGUGAGCGAAUAAUGGGUGGUAGACAGGAUUUGUGAAAUGCGAUCUGGAGGGCUUCCCGGUAAGCCAAUCAUGUUGACCAUGUUCAGUGUAGAUGAAGUAUGGAGCAUGAGGGGUAUGUGGUCAAAGUGAAGGCGAGAUAGGAGAUAAUAUUUGAAGACAGACUUGAUUUCUUCUAAAUGAAAAUAAUUCUGUUUUCUCAUGCAUAUAAAUGCAUCUCAAAGACUUGAACACCUAUUCUUACAUUUGAGACUUUUUAAUGCUGUUUUUUCCCCCUUAAUAUUAUGUAUUUGCCUAAAUGGCUCCCAAAUUAUGGGGCAAUCUCUUCAGUACAUGUUUCCGUUUUUGAAGUUUCAUUAAAAGUGGUUAAGCACACAAA